GCUAGCGCGCCCCCAUCGCGCGGAUUUGACCAUCACACGGUUGACUGAACAUGGCUACUCGAGUAAUCUCCCCAGCCCGAGAGGCCUGGAGAAAAGGUAUCGUCCCUUUCCUGAAGUUUUCAUGGGAUAAGGAGCCUGUUAUUGUUGUUUCCUGUCUUCUAGGCUCUACAUUGCCUCUGACAUGGUUACUCACACCCAACUCAUACUGGGAUAAAGUGAAGAGCGAUGCCGAUAAAAUACCCAACAAAUACCCAACACCAAUUAGAUAUGUAGAAGGAAAAACAGCAGAGCCAUCAUCAGUAUGACAUCAGGAAAAUGCUGUUUGACCUUAGAUCUUGGAGCCCACCAUUAUGUUCAUCACAUUAACCACCAUCAUUAAGCUCAGGAAGAGGAGAGAUUGUCGGGGUUUUGCGCAGGAGAAGAGUUUUGAUAAGGAAAGAUAUUCUUCAGUGUAUUUAGAGAGAUGAAUGACAGAAUAGAGAUAUCAAUUUCAGUCAACAUUUAGGGUUAUUUAGGUAAAAUUUCUAAGGCUUAUUUCAGUGCUCCCAUUUCGGGGGUUCUAAAUCUAGUCUAAUUCCCUAUUCUGGAAGACAAUUUAAAUUUUCCCAUUGUGGUGGUCUGCAAGAUAAUGUAUUUGAUAUUUGUGAGGUGCAUUCAAUCAAGUAGUAGUUUGCUGGUAACAUCUUUCAGAUCUUAAGUCAUACACACACAUCAGUCAUUAACCAAAUUGAAAUUUAUUCUUCCACCCAAGCUUAUAAUGUGAUGAUUCUAAUGCGCUCCUAAUAUUAUGUGGAUUUGUUUUUUUAUCGAGUCAGUUGAUAAAAGAUCCAGCUGUAUAUAGAUAUAUGUACAUGUUUUUAAGAUGGUUUGACGUUGUGGAGAUGGAUGUGCCAUACAUCUUACAAAGAAACCUAUCGUUUGAGAAAAGACUGCGUUUGAAUAGCAGUGAUAUGUUAUUCUCAAUAAAAUGAGAAAUCAAAGAGUA